AUGGAAAACUUAAAGAAUCGCAUUAUUUACGACUACGAGUUCCGCCGUGGCACUAGUGCUGCGGAAACGACUCGAAGGGUGAAUGAUGUGUAUGGUGGUCAUGUUGCAAAAGAAAACACAGUUCGUUUUUGGUUCCAACGUUUUCGUUCUGGAAAUUUCGACCUGCAGAACAAGCCCCGUGGACGGCCUGAGACCCAAGUUGAUAAUGAAGUAUUGAAGGCUAUUGUGGAAGCGGAUCCAUCGCAAACCACGUCCGAGUUAGCUGCAGGCUGCGGUGUUAGUGAUAAAACUGUUUUAAUUCACUUGAAGCAAAUUGGAAAGAUUAAAAAGCUUGAAAGAUGGGUACCUCAAGAAUUAACUGAAGCAAACCGGCAAACGCGCGCCGACUGCUGUGUUACAUUACUGAACCGGCACAAUAAUGAAGGUAUUUUAAACCGAAUCAUUACCUGUGAUGAAAAAUGGAUUCUUAACGAUAAUCGGAAGCGCUCAGCGCAAUGGUUGGAUCCUGGCCAGCCAGCCAAAUCCUGCCCCAAGCGAAAAUUUACCCCAAAAAAAUGGCAAAAGUGCAUAGAAAACAAUGGUUCAUACUUUGAUUAA